CAAACGGUUCUUUCCACAUUUCACACCUCCCGCUAAAGAGGGUAAGGAAAAAUGCUUAUCCUAUACACCCACUCUUUCUCUCAGUGGAAAACGCUCCCAACGGCCAUACCUCUCUUCAAAUCAAAGUCCUCUCAUCCCCUUCAAAUCUCUACUCCAAAUACCACUCAACAAAAUCUCGUCCUUUCUGCCGUCAAAGCAAAUCGAAAUGAUCGGCGUAGUACUGACAGAUUGCAAAAAGAUAUCAAAGAAGAAGAGGAAGAGUCGGCGGAGGGGGAUGAAUUCUCUUCUUCAAACGGAUUCAGAGGAAGAGAAGAAGAAAAAGACUACGAUCGAGACCCUGAAUUUGCUGAAAUCCUCGGCAGCUGCUUUGACAACCCACAAAAGGCGCAGUCUCGAUUGGAGGAGAGAAUAAGGAAGAAAAGGAACAAAAUACUGCAUACCAAGGCCGGUUCGGCGACACCCAUGAAGGUUACAUUCAACAAAUUUGAUUUCUCAAACUCCUACAUAUGGUUUGAAUUCUACAAUGCUCCAUUAUCAAAUGAUAUUUCCUUAAUCUGUGAUACCAUUCGAUCAUGGCACAUUGUUGGACGUCUAGGUGGAUUAAAUUCCAUGAACAUGCAGCUGUCACAAGCACCUUUGGAUAAACGGCCAAGUUAUGAUGCUAUUCAGGGUGCAAAUGUGACUCCAACAACAUUUUAUAACAUUGGCGACCUUGACAUUCAAGACAAUUUGGCACGCCUAUGGGUGGAUAUUGGGACAAGCGAACAGUUGCUUUUGGAUGUAUUGAUAAAUGCCUUGACACAAAUAAGCUCAGAUUUCAUCGGGAUUAAACAGUUGGUGUUUGGCGGAUCGGAAUUUGAGAACUGGAAGGAGAGCUUGACGUCAGAGGAUGCUGUUUACAGUGUUCACAAAAUAUAAAUACCUGGCAUCGGAGGACUUUUGAUAUUUGUGGAAAGGACGGAACCAUAAAAAUGGUUCGAGGUCAGGGGAGACUGUACACCGUGGAAGACAGCCAAAGCGGGAGUUUUGUUUUGUUACAGUGAUGGAGUUUCAUUGCACAGGUUUGGACCCAUGCACUUUUCCUUUGGAAAAGGAUGGAGGG